AAGGUGGUGAUGUGGCUGGCGGUGGCAUUGGUGUGAACAACGGGUGUGCUCGCUAUUUUGACACUUUGACUAGCUAAGCAUUUAAAGCGUGAGUUUGACAUGAUGAGCAGUGGUACGCCUUACAUAGGCAGUAAGAUCAGUCUGAUUUCUAAAGCUCAGAUUCGCUAUGAGGGAAUAUUAUAUACUAUUGACACCGACAAUUCCACUGUGGCCCUUGCUAAAGUAAGAUCAUUUGGAACAGAGGGCCGCCCUACAGAUCGGCCUAUGCCACCAAGGGAAGAAAUCUUUGAGUACAUCAUCUUUAGGGGAAGUGACAUCAAGGACAUCACUGUUUGUGAGCCUGUGAAGAUUCACCACAGUCUUCCUCAGGACCCUGCUAUUGUUCAGUCAUCUGUUGGGACAGCCUCUGCCCAUUAUCCUCCUCAAGGCGGAUACAGUCCUUACAGAAGCAUGCUACCCCCAUAUAGCCAGCUGGCUGCCAGCUCUCUCUUCAGUCAACAGUAUGCAGCAGCUCUAGGACUUGGAUCAGGUUUGCACUCUGUUCCUGUAAGGAGAGGUCCUAUGGUUGAACAGGCUGUUCAGACUGUACCUGUUGAAAAAACUACUCCGAAGAGUUUGACUGCAGUGCCACAGCAAGGCAGAGACGCUGGUAGAAUGCAGCGAGGUGGCAGAGGACUCCAAACCCUGAGAGAUGGCUCUGUCACAAAUCAAGGAGUUUUGCAAGGACCGAGUCAAGCUAAUGAUGAAAACAAGCCACCAUCUACUAGGAGAAAACCAGGAACUCGAAGAUCCAGGAACCGUGGUCGUGGUCAAAUUCUUGUAGGCAGUGCAAAGCCCAGCACCCUUCAGUUUGAAGCUGACUUUGAUUUUGAAACCGCAAAUGCUCAAUUUAACAAAGAUGACCUGGAGAAAGAGGUUCAAAACAAGCUUGAUGUUCAUGAGGGAAAUGAGGAUCCUGAGAGGGAGAAGCCAGAUCCUGAGAGCAGUAUGGAAGAGGAUCAACUCGGGCCCAAGUGCUUCUACAACAAAGCAAAAUGCUUCUUUGAUAACAUCUCCUCAGAACUGAAGUCAAGGCGUACUACAUGGGCUGAGGAGCGAAAGCUUAAUGUAGAGACCUUUGGGGUACCUGGUCGAUAUCUGAGAGGCCGUGGCUUUCGGGGUAGUUACAGAGGACGACAAGGAAGAGGGCAACGUUCUCUGCAACAAAGAGUAGGAAGUGGACGGCUCUGAGAAGAAUUGUGUAAAUACAUGUUGCUUCAUCGGACUAGAUCGGGUGAUGUCGUUUUUGGUUUUUUUUGUUCCCAAAAUCUACUGUGGCAAUACUAAAGUUCCUAUGUCAACUUCUGCUGCAAAAGGCAUGUUUUUUUUUCCCCUUGUGUAAGAACCAAAUGAUUGCCCUUUAUGAUGUAAGUGCACCUUGCAUUCUUUGAGUGAUUUCAAUUUGAAUUGAAAUUACACUUUUAUUUGCGUGUGACAUUAUUUGGCUAAACAAUUGUUUCAGGUUGACCGUCAGUUUAUGCAGUGACAUUUUUUUGUUUGUGUAAUGUAUGGGAUCUUGUACUUAAGAA